UAGACGCUCCAAGUUAAUUUGUCAAUUCUGAAUAGUCCGAAUCUCUACCACCGUCACACAUACACCUUCCUGUUAACUCGUCGAACUGCCCAAUCUGGAAUUGAUCAGCGCAUCGCAAGGCAGAGCACACCGGCAUUAGCAUUCAAAAUAAAGUAUAUACUUAGUCCGUGAAAGAAGUUAACGAAGAACCACAUAUUUUGGAAAGAACACCAGCGCAAACAGGUUCUUAUAACUACGCUGAAUAUUCCUUUUUAGCAAUUGUACCACCAUUGUAGUUGGUUGAAUUUUUCGUGAAGAUUCUUCAAAUUUUCGAACCAGAACAACCGUAAAAUUACAUAACAUCCACAGAUCCACCUUGCUCGGACAUCAUACUUCAGCACCACGUCAAGCAACACAGCUGACUUGAAAUCACAUAUUAUACAUAUACAUCUACAAACCUCACCUCAUCAGAGGCAUCAUACCUAUUACUCAUCUAUCAUCGUACUAGUAUCAUAACCUAUCGGUGCCAUGACCACACAGAAGAAAUACAUUUGUGCCUUUUGCGCCAGAGCGUUUACUCGGUCUGAACAUAAGCAGAGGCACGAGCGCUCUCACACAAACGAGAAGCCAUUCCAUUGUAUGCAUUGUACGUCGUCAUUUGUAAGAAGAGACUUGCUUCAACGACACUGUCGUACUGUUCAUAACAGCCAGAUGGCAAGUGCCGCAAAUGGUGCCCAGCCCAAAACAGAAGCUGCUAGCUCUGGUCCUGCCCCUGCUCCCCCAUUGGCCCCAGCACCAGCGCAAAUCCAAGUAGCACAGGCGGCUGCAUCAGCACAUUCGGGACCCAACCAGGUCCAGACUUUCCAGCAUAACCAGGGCCAGAACCAGGUACAUGACCAGAGUCAGAUGAUCCAGAAUCAAAAUCAAAAUCAAAAUCAAAUUCAGAAUCCAAAUUACCUUCACAAUAACCAGGAUUCUACGCCUAUGUUAAAUUCUUCCAGUAUAGCAUUGACUAUUUUCAAUGGUUUAGGUUCUACAGCUUCUAAUUCUUCUGAAGACAACAUCAACGAUAUCGAGCCUCUUUCUAUUGACAACAGAAAUGAUCUCUCGCCCACUCUGCAUAACAGUCACCAUCAUAAUUCAGGUCUUGUACCGAACGCAAAGAGAAGAAAGAAGACUCACGAAAAGAACGUGGACGAUAUUGUCACAUUGUCCACAGCCAAUGGCAUAGUUAGUAACGGCAAUGGUAACUCAGCUAAAGAUGGGUUGAAUCACGACUUGAUUCAUUUGCUUUCAAUAGCCAAAAAGUUGGAGUCGCUUUUGAUUAGCUACGACAUUUCCAACGAAAGUAACUCGUUGAACGACCAUUUUUUGAUCGGCUACAUAAACUUGCAACAAGCACUGGGAAACUACCCCAUCUUUGACAAGAUGCUUAAGGACUUGAUCUACUACUUGAACUCGUACAACUCUAACAAAUCCAAUUCCCCUACAUUGAGACAGCUGAGUCUGGGAAUACAUUCGCCCAUUCCUGGCUCCCAACCCAACAACUUCAAGAUUGGCAUCAUCUACUCCGUCAUUUCCAUGGGAUACAUUACAAACAACAAUUACAACAAGUCGUUCAAGUACUUCAAGAUGGCGUGGUACUUAUUGAUCAAGAAGCUCAUCCCCAACUACAACAACAAUAACAAUUUACUCGACCAGAUCGAGAUCUUGAACAACUUGUAUUUGUUGUCGUAUAUAUACCUCAACUACAAUCUCGAAGCAUUCAGUGCUAGCACAGAUGAUGAAGAAGACAGUGCCUUUGUCAAUAAUGAAAUCAUCCUUAACUAUUUGAACGACAUUAGUUAUAUCAUCAUAUCCAACUUGAAGGACUUGAACAACUCCAACGAGAACUUGAUAGAUUUGAACAUCAAUCUCUUCUGGAACAUCUACAUCUUGCUCUCACAAUACUUACAGGGCCAACCUCCGAAGUUUUACUCGUUUUUCCUAAACAAGUCUGUCAAGGGCAAAGAGACAUUGCGCACUUUAAUGCUAAAGUUCUCCAAGUCAUUGGUAGAGUUAGACUACGACGAGGACUUCUUGAAGAUGAUCAUCAUUAGCACGUUAUCCAACGAGUUGAAGAAGUUUGUCAAGGGCGACAACUUCUUGAUCUUCAACAACAAGAACUGUUUACACAACUCUAUCAUUCUCAUCAACAAGUCAAUCAACAUCCACAACACAAGCAGACAGUUGCAUAAUGUGGACUUCUCGUUGAUGAAACUCUUUGAGUUGUUCAAAAAGAGCGUGAUUAUUAGCAGCCCUUUGAAGUUCCACGAGCUUUUGAGCAACUACAUCUUCAUCCCACAACUGUACUACAACUGGGAAUUAUUGAACUUGACCUUGCAGGAGAUCAACUUGAACUAUCCCAUUAACCAAACGUUACAGGAUUUCUUCGUGAAUCCUGCCGCGUCCAACUUGGAAAUCAGGCUCAAGAACUUCUUCAACUACAAACAGAACUCCAUCGAUAUCAACAACAACUUGAGCAUCAUCAGUUUCCCUAUUGUGUUUUUCACGAACUACUUGAACCUCGGUUUGAUCAACAUCAAGGAGUUCAACUUCUUACAAUUGAAUAACCUCAAUUUGUUUUUGGUAGAAUGGUACUUGAUUAUGAACAAGAUCUUGUUAAUGAUCUGGAGCAACAACGACUUGUUCAAUGAGAACUACAUAUUGCAAAAUCUCAUCUUUUUGUUGAUGGACAACAAGAGCUGCUUAAGCAACACCUUAAACUUGGACAUGCCUUCACCAACAAACACCUCUCCACGUAUGUCUUCUGCAUCAUUGGUGUCAAACUCUAAUUCCAACUCCAACAUGGCAUUAUCUGCUGCUGCAGCCAUUGUAAACAGCGAAAUCAGUUACCACGAAAACUUUGCGUUCAAUAAUAAGUGGUUUUGGAUUGUCAAGAUGAAGUUUGACACCAUCUUCGAGUCAUGGUUAGAUUUCAUCAGAGAAACCAGCAACAGAAAAUACGCACCCACCAGCAACACAACAAGCACCAACUUGGCUCUUUUGAGAGUCACCUUGGACAAAUUCAUCAACGACUUGGACCAGUCUGAAUUGGCUAAAUCCACCAAGGAAGACAAGAUCAUUUUGAGCCACGAAGUGUUCUACCCUCCACCAGCUGCCAAUGCGAGUAUUACCCCAACCACAGCCAAUGCACCCAACCCAAUGGUAACAUACAACUAUCCAGAAUACAACACAAGCAAUUAUAGAAGAUCCAACUCCAUAACAUUGGGGAUAUUGGGCAAUUCACACACCCGUGGUGAGGGCCAGUACCAAUCACAAUCACCUAUCAUUGCUAAUUCUUCAGCUACGAAUGGUGUUGUUCCCUCUAAUAAUAAUCCUAAAUUCAAAGUGGCUAUUAACGGAAACAACAAGAUGAACCAUUACUCUUCAUAUUCAACGUACCCACCACUACCUCCUAUCUUGGCAACCCCAGGCAUGAGUAUGAAUGGAAAUGGUACCAAUGCUUCUCCCAGCAACCCCAAACCAAAUGCUAGUGAUAUGCUCUUGUUGCCUCCUAUCUUGCCGAAAAGUGGAAGCUUUUCCAACAAGAUCUCAGAAGACGAACAGGCAAAUACUCAGUCCAACGAUAGCAAGAGUAUGCAAACUUUGGUGAGCAACAUUGUUCACAAGGACUAGAGAGUAGAAGUAUAUUAUUAACAUACCCAUAUGACCUAUGUAAUUAUAUAAAGUAAUUUACACCUUAAUGUUAU